CACACUGUUUUCACUGCGUUUGUUUGGCUUUUACGGAUCUUGUGGAUAAAUCCAAUAAUUUGGAGACUUUUUGAGAUGGGUCGGAACAAGGCGAACAACAAGAAGGUGGCUCCUGGUGCCAGCAAGCCCAAGACCCCGCUGAAUAAGUCCAAGAAGGCCAACAACGUGUUCAAGGUGGCCAACAGCAGUAAGGGCAAGGGCAAGAAGCCCAAGGAAGUGCAGGGCAAGCUCAAGCAGAUCAAGGAGUCCGUCAAGGAUAAGCAGGAGAAGCUGGAUGCCAGCCUAAAGACGCUGCAUAAGGAUAUGGUGGUGAAGAAGCCCAAGGCCGUUGUUGCGCCCAUUAAGGACAACAGGAAAAAGCCUGCCAAUGCCAAAAAAGUCUCUGAAACGCUAGGCAAACUUAAGUUCUGAGUUUGCUCUUAACCCGAUUACGAUGUGCAGUCCAUCGUUUCGCGACGUAGAUGUAGUUAGUGCCCAUUUGUUUGUUAAAGACUUCGGUCUUAAGUAAAGAUCAUCCAAAUAUACGAUGUAGCUAUAUUGACAGUGA